UUUCUUCAUUCGCCGUAAGAAUGAAGAAUGUGAGCAGCACGAUUGACCUGAACACAGGCAACAUUUUACAGCUAGAGGUCUGUAGCAUAUGUCCUUGGUCAACUUUUGUGAUAAAUGUUGACUUCAGCUUAAAGCAAUUUCCAAAGGAAUUUACUCCAGAUUAUGUCUACAGACAGCAUUUCGCAGAAAUUCAACACUAUGACAGGAAUUUAAUUCCUAUUUAUACAGAUGGAUCUAAAUCUGAUGAUUACGUUGGCUCAGCUUUUGUCUGCCAGGAUGAAAUCAUGGCAGAACAAAUUGCAUUGAAUUCUUCCAUCUUUUCUGCAGAGCUGCAUGCCAUUCAUUUAGCUUUAAAGUAUAUAAAUAGGAAAGGUCAUCGUUCCUGUGUUAUUUACACUGACUCAGUUAGUGCACUUCAGGCUUUGAUUUCAUGUGAAUUUAGUUUUCACUCUAUAGUGAUUAAAAUUUGCAAAUUGUUUUGCCAUCUUACUGGGAGUAAUUUCUUUGUAAAAUUUUGUUGGGUCCCAGGCCAUGUAGGUAUAAAAGGGAAUGAAAAAGCUGACGCAGCUGCAAAGUCAGCUACUUCUUUGCAGCAUAUAAUGCGUAUUGAAGGAGUCAAUUUGAAGCUAGUAGUUAAAAAACGACUAGCAGAGAGAUGGCAAAACGUGUGGAAUGCACAAGUCCACAAUAAACUACAUGAGAUCAAGCCAAAUAUUGAAAAUUAGACACACAAUAAACAGUAUGACAGGAGAUC